AUGAAUAUCUCUGAGCCUCACACACAGCUCUGCAGCCAACCCGCGUCCCACGGCCUGGCUCCCACUGACCCUCCCACUGACCCUCCCACUGACCCUCCACUGACCCUGACCCCUCCCACUGACCCUCUCACUGACCCUGCCACUGACCCUCCCACUGACCCUCCCACUGACCCUCUCACUGACCCUCCCACUGACCCUGCCACUGACCCUGCCACUGACCCUGCCACUGACCCUCCCACUGACCCUGCCACUGACCCUCCCACUGACCCUCCCACUGACCCUCCCACUGACCCUCCCACUGACCCUCUCACUGACCCUCCCACUGACCCUGCCACUGACCCUCCCACUGACCCUCCCACUGACCCUCCCACUGACCCUGCCACUGACCCUCCCACUGACCCUGCCACUGACCCUCCCACUGACCCUGCCACUGACCCUCCCACUGAUCCUGCCACUGACCCUGCCACUGACCCUCCCACUGACCCUGCCACUGACCCUCCCACUGACCCUCCCACUGACCCUCCCACUGACCCUCCCACUGACCCUGCCACUGACCCUCCCACUGACCCUCUCACUGACCCUGCCACUGACCCUGCCACUGACCCUGCCACUGACCCUCCCACUGACCCUCCCACUGACCCUCUCACUGACCCUGCCACUGACCCUGCCACUGACCCUGCCACUGACCCUCCCACUGACCCUCCCACUGACCCUCCCACUGACCCUCUCACUGACCCUCCCACUGACCCUCCCACUGACCCUCCCACUGACCCUCCCACUGACCCUCUCACUGACCCUGCCACUGACCCUCCCACUGACCCUCUCACUGACCCUCCCACUGACCCUCCCACUGACCCUCUCACUGACCCUCCCACUGACCCUGCCACUGACCCUGCCACUGACCCUCCCACUGACCCUCCCACUGACCCUCCCACUGACCCUCCCACUGACCCUGCCACUGACCCUCCCACUGACCCUCCCACUGACCCUCUCACUGACCCUCUCACUGACCCUGCCACUGACCCUGCCACUGACCCUGCCACUGACCCUCCCACUGACCCUCCCACUGACCCUCCCACUGACCCUCCCACUGACCCUCUCACUGACCCUGCCACUGACCCUCCCACUGACCCUCCCACUGACCCUCUCACUGACCCUCCCACUGACCCUCUCACUGACCCUCCCACUGACCCUCUCACUGACCCUGCCACUGACCCUGCCACUGACCCUGCCACUGACCCUCCCACUGACCCUGCCACUGACCCUCCCACUGACCCUCCCACUGACCCUCCCACUGACCCUGCCACUGACCCUGCCACUGACCCUCCCACUGACCCUCUCACUGACCCUGCCACUGACCCUCCCACUGACCCUGCCACUGACCCUGCCACUGACCCUCCCACUGACCCUCCCACUGACCCUGCCACUGACCCUGCCACUGACCCUCUCACUGACCCUGCCACUGACCCUCCCACUGACCCUGCCACUGACCCUGCCACUGACCCUCCCACUGACCCUGCCACUGACCCUGCCACUGACCCUCCCACUGACCCUGCCACUGACCCUGCCACUGACCCUCCCACUGACCCUCUCACUGACCCUGCCACUGACCCUCCCACUGACCCUCUCACUGACCCUCCCACUGACCCUCCCACUGACCCUCUCACUGACCCUCCCACUGACCCUGCCACUGACCCUGCCACUGACCCUCCCACUGACCCUCCCACUGACCCUCCCACUGACCCUCUCACUGACCCUCUCACUGACCCUCUCACUGACCCUGCCACUGACCCUGCCACUGACCCUGCCACUGACCCUCCCACUGACCCUCCCACUGACCCUCCCACUGACCCUCUCACUGACCCUGCCACUGACCCUCCCACUGACCCUCCCACUGACCCUCUCACUGACCCUCCCACUGACCCUCCCACUGACCCUCCCACUGACCCUCUCACUGACCCUCCCACUGACCCUCCCACUGACCCUCUCACUGACCCUCCCACUGACCCUCUCACUGACCCUGCCACUGACCCUCCCACUGACCCUCCCACUGACCCUCUCACUGACCCUCCCCACUGA